ACCGCCACCGCCACCCAGGCCACCUCCUCCGCUUCCGAGCAGGCGCAGCAGCGCCGGGGCCGGGGCCGGAGCCGGGCGGGCCGAGAGCUGCUCCCGCCGCCCUGGGGGGGGCUCGGCGGGGAAGAGAAGCGGCCAGCAGCCACGGUCCAGAAGCACUAGGGUACUUCAUUUCGUUUAAAUUGCUAAGACUGCAAACAUGUCACUGGAUGACAUCCACAUGAGCACCCAGGAUUUGCUUGAAAAACAACAGUUAGAUGCUGGAGGAUGUGGAACAAUUUCUCUAUGCUUUCACAGAAAACAUGGAUACGUAGUAUUAAAAACCGUGUAUACGGGACCCCAGCGCACUGAAUAUAAUGCUUCCCUCCUUGAAGAAGGCAGGAUUAUGCGGAAACUACAGCACAACCGUGUGGUAAAACUACUCGGUAUAGUUUUGGAAGACGGAAAUUACUCACUUGUGAUGGAGUAUGUGGACCGGGGGAACAUGAUGAAAGUGCUACAGAAGCUCUCAAUACCUUUGUCAGUGAAAGGCCGUUUCGUGCUGGAGAUCAUAGAAGGAAUGCUUUAUCUACAUGAGCAAGGCUUAGUACACAAAGACCUAAAACCAGAAAACAUCCUUGUGGAUGCAGACUUCCACAUUAAGAUUGCAGAUCUUGGUGUUGCUUGCUUUAAGAACUGGAGCCGGCUGACUAAAGAAGAGACUACCCGACAGAAGAAAAUCAAGAGCACUUCCCAGAAUAAUGCUGGCACUCUUUUCUAUAUGGCCCCAGAGCACUUACGCAGUGUUAAUGUAAAACCUGGGGAGAAAUCAGAUAUUUACAGCUUUGGCAUAGUAAUCUGGGCGAUUUUUGCUAACAAAGAGCCAUAUGAGCAUGGUAUAAAUGAAGCUCAGAUUUGCUUCGGCAUCAUUAAUGGAAACAGACCAGACAUAGAGGAGAUCAUUGAGAAGUGUCCAAGAGAGAUUAUUGACUUAAUGAAACAAUGCUGGGAGCAAGAGGCAGAGAAACGGCCUACCUUUGCAGAAAUUAGUAAAACAUACAAGCCAUUUUACUAUCAAAAUAUAGGAAAAAAUAUUGAAGAAGAUCUGAAGAAGAUAAAAAAAGUGUGGCCUGAGCCAAAUGAAUUGCUGCAGAGGAUGCAGUCCCUUCAGAUAGAUGCUGUAGCAGAAGAUCCCAGUAAUGGUCAAAUAGAUCAGCCUAAUUCUCUACACAGCUCUCAGGGUCCCGUGACCAGCGAGGUUAAUGAAGCCCAGUUUGCUGCCUCCUCUGAGAAUCAGCCUGUUGAGAGCUGCGAGACCUCAUUUACAUCCCCUGACAAUCUAGAAAGAAAACUCCAGCGGGAAUACAACUACCACAUAUACGGCAGCUGGAUGGAUAAACCAGGAGUACCAGGAGUUCCCCAUGUGGUAUACACCCCUGAAAUGAGAGAGGAAGAAAGGAGACGAAGAGUUUCUUAUGAUCCAUUUGCAAAGAUGUUUCCAGCUCCUCAACAGAGUGAACUGUAUCCAAGAGCUGAAAACACGGGAUCAAACACUAAUCCUUAUUUUCGGCCACAACCACCCUCAACACCAACACAGGGAAAUUUUGAUAUUUUUUAUGGGCCAAACCCUAGAAAUCUCCUCCCAGGAAAUCCAGAGGAUCUCUACGAAUCACAUUCAGCCAAUACCUUUAGCCUGAGCAAAAUUCCUGUGCCUGAAUCUGGCACAAGCCUGCAUUCACAGACCAACAUAAACAGGUAUCCAAAGAGUGCAGACACAGAUACAGGUAACAAGGAUUCCAUUUCUUUCUCAAGGGGAACCUUUGCGUAUUAUACUCCUGUACCUCAGUUACCCAGAGAAGAUUCAAUCAAAUACAACAUAACUAACAGUUCUGGAAUUCAGAUUGGAUCCUACAAUCACAUGAAGAUUGAAGAGCAGAAUCAACACAUCAGCACUUCUCCUGUUGCUACAGAAGCAUCUUACAGUUACUAUGAAUCAAGGGGUAUAUUUGAUGACAACACUGUCCUGACCGACAAUCAUCUGAAUCUGGUGAGAGAAAAGUUGGCUAGACAGUGGAAGCACUGUGCUCGUAAACUGGGCUUCUCCGAUCCUGAGAUUGAUGAAAUUGAUCACGACUAUGAACGAGAUGGACUAAAAGAAAAAGUUUACCAAAUGCUGCUUAAGUGGGGAAUGAGGGAAGGCUCCAAAGGUGCUACAGUUGGAAAACUUGCCAAAGCCCUCUUCGGCUGCCAAAGACUGGAUCUCCUUACUAGUUUGAUGCAAAUGAACGAGGAAUAAGUUGACUGAGAACUGGGGAAAAAAGUGAGGAUAUUUUUUCCUGAAGACCUUACAAUAACAACUCUGAACAGACUUUGAAGCUUUUGGAACAGAUUUUUCUGCCAAGCAGUUUUCAGUAACUCAAAGUUGCUGUCAAGAUAAUUAGGUCUUGCAGAUGAUAAAAUUUUCCUUCAUGGAAAUGGAAUUUCGAAACAUAACAAAUAAUAAUACCAGUCCAAGGAAAAUGCAUUAUAUAAAAUUCAUAGUCUGUCUUGAAACAUGAUGGUACCUUUGUUCAGUUCUGAACAGUGUACAUUAUUUGAGCAAAGCCUAUGCAUCAGUCAAGAAUGUGAAAGACAGACUCACUUUGAGAGACUUGGACAGAAAGCAAAAUCAACUCUUGAAUUUUGGCAGUCCUUACAAUGCUAUUACAUAGGGCGAUCAGAAGUAGAUGUGCUAUUAUUUUAAAGUCUUUUUAUAAUGUUCAUUAAAUGUAUAUGUCUAGAACUAUGCUGAACAGUAGGGUGAAUAGGGUGAAUAAAAGCAAAAAAAAGAUUUUUAGUUGAAAAAGUGUGUCAUUGAUAAAAUAUUCUUCUUUCAAGGA